UCAAGCUGAUCUCAUAGCUGUUUUAUUCCGAGGUCUUGAGAAUGAAUCUUUCAACUAAUAUAUCUGGAAACGUAGAAGAGAGCCUUGUGUUGAAUGUGAGUAGUUCGGCACUUUGGGCAGCGUCAGUUUCGUUUUCGACGGGUUACUUUGUAGUUACGACUUACAUUAUGGUGAUGCUAAUAAUUGACAUGUGCGUAAACGAGGUCGGAGUCAGCAGAAACGAAAGUAUCGGAAAGAAAAUUGGAGGAUGGAUAAAGAUAUCACGACUCAUAUUUGUCGCUAUUUGCAACAUUUCCUACCUGACUGGUUGUCUCGGACGGGUUUUAGUCGAAAUAUACUACACGAAAUUUUGUCAUUUGUACUAUACCUUGAGAAUCAUGUCCGAAUCGGGUGCUGCCACUUCCAGCUAUUUCACAAUUUGGCUUAGACAUCGAAUAAUUCAUAGCAUUCCCGCUAUGAAACAUGCAACUAAUUAUGCUACUCGCAUCAUAAGUGCAGUUGUACUCGUCUUAGUUUUAGUUCUUCCCGCUUCAAGUGGAUUGCUUUUUGUACUAAACUUCUCAACCAAAUUUACACAGUAUGGUUGCGUUGUAGCUGGACCGCGGGACCCAAAUCUGAUGUCAAUGAUGGUAUUCAAUUUGUCGUCCAUUGCCUUACAAGUCAUGAUCCUAGGACUUUUUCUUCAUCCGCUGCGCCAGCACCAAAAGAACAUUGGCACAGCAGCUGACAAUUUGACACCUAUGUUACGAAGAGCUUUCUUUGCUGCUUUAGUAUGUUGUGUCAGUGAUACUGCUGCUUCCAUUUCAGUUGUAUUUGGCAUACCGUUUAUUAAAAACUUAGCCAUGGAAACUACAUAUUUUAUCAACAUUCUCAUGAUUCUGAUUUGCUUCCCGGAAUGGAAAACAACCCUUUUCCCUUUCAUCAGUUUUACAUCGGAAGAGAAUUAAGAUUCCUGGACAAUGUUUUGCACGAGGAUCAACAAAUAAAAUGCAUCUGGACAGUGUUGAUUUAUUCGUGAUAAUUUUUCAUGUGAAUAUAAACUUUCUGUAGCUAUUUUCGUCAAUAAUUUAAGAUUAAUUUUAUGUUUUUUCUGGAAAACUUUGUAAAAAUUUCAUGAAAGCCUAUACAGUAUUGCCAUAUAAUUGAUAAUUUCCGAGUGUAAGAAUUACGUCGUGGUGUGUAUUAUGUAUCUUCCCUUCCAAAAUGGAUUUGAUAUUCUAUAACAUUUUAUAUGAACAUAAAUAAUAUUUUAUUUCACUUACUCUAUUUAUUUCAGAAUUGUCGUAAAUGGUAAUAAAAUAUCAUAUAAAAUACAUAACAAGCCGAUUUCAAUUUUUGUUAAUGUAGCUGUUGAUAUUGCGUGUUAUGCAGUCCCACUAAUGAAAUAUGCUAACUUGUGAACAAUGUGAA